AUGGUCACAUGGCCAGAAUCCCUGCUGUCCCAAGUGGUCGACAGCACAGGGAUUAAAAGUGAAGAUGUCAUUUAUAGUCCAGCGCAACUAACGCUCCAGCGUGUCUACAAUCAGAGCCUUCAAGGAGUGCCAACAAAAGAUGGGAGCAAGCCUCUGGAGGCUCCCAUGGGGCCACCAGGCAAAGGGAAGCCCAGACUUCUCUUGAUGGGCCAGAGACGGAGUGGCAAGUCUUCAAUAUCGAGUGUUGUCUUCCACAAGCUUCCUCCGAACGAAACGCUCUUCCUUGAAUCAACAGCGCGUAUCCAAAAAGACUCCAUGGCAUCCUUCAUGGAUUACCAAGUCUGGGAUUUCCCUGGACAGAUCGACUUCUUCGAGAACCCAAAUUUCGAUAUGGACGCCAUCUUCGGCGAGAUCGGUGCCCUGAUUUGGGUCAUUGACGCGCAGGAUGACUAUCUCGAGGCCGUCGCUCGCCUCAACGCCACUGUCCUGAACCUGCAACGUUUCUACCCCAAUAUAAAUAUUGAGGUUUUCAUUCACAAAGUCGACGGCCUGUCAGAUGACUACAAGCUCGAUAUCCAGCGCGACAUCACCAUCCGAAUCCAGGAUGAGCUGUCGGAUCACGGCUUCGAGAACGCGCCUGUGACGUUCCACCUGACGUCCAUCUACAACCACUCCAUUUUUGAGGCCUUUUCAAAAGUCAUCCAGAAGCUCAUCCCGCAGCUUGGCACACUCGAGGCCAUGCUCACCAACCUCUGUCGUACAUGCCGCUUCGAAAAGGCGUAUCUCUUUGACGUACUGUCCAAGAUCUACAUCGCCACUGACUCCGCAACAGCGGACAUGGCGAGCUAUGAAAUCUGUUCCGAUUACAUUGAUGUGAUUAUCGACAUCACCGAAGUGUACGGAUCUUGGCCGCGGUCCGAUGGCCAGCGAAAGCGUCUCGAGGCUGAGCCGUGGAAUGCAAAGGUCGAGGAUCAGGUGGCAUGCAACUGGGCAGAGAGCUGCAUGGUUCUACACGACUCACAGCGGCCCAUUAUGCUGCGCGAGGUUGAUAGGUAUCUUGCGCUUGUCGCCAUCAUGAAGGAGGAUUCCUAUGACCGAAUGCCGCUCGUUAACAUGAAUGUCGAGGCUGUCGUCCAGGGAGUAACCGAGUUUUUUGAGAUCACCAAGUCGAGAAAGUGA